CUCGCGUUCGGCGACAGGCCAUUGGCUAAAAUUCGGUCGUGCGCUGGCAGCCGAGCAUGACUGCCCCGCGCUUGCCGUUCUUCGUCUAUGGCACGCUCAUGAAGGGCUUCCGCAACUACGACAAGCACGUGCGUGGCUUCUCCAGCCUACGCUUCGUGCACGACCGCGCCUACGUCAAACGUGCGGCCUUGUAUCACUUUGAGUACGGGUACCCGGGCCUCUAUGCGACGGCGUCCGACGACUGCGUCUACGGUGAGCUCUUGACGGCCGACGAUCCUGCCGAAUACGAUCAGCUUCUGAAGGACUUGGAUGCUCUGGAAGAGUACUUUGCGCCGAACGACCCGACCAACGAGUAUGACCGCGUCCGUGUCCAAGUACACACUGCGGACGGCGGGCGCAUUGACGCAUGGGUCUACUACUGCAAGAUUCCGCUCGAGAACGCAAAGGAGCGCGUCGUCAGCGGCGACUGGCGCGCGUACAUGACACCGAUGCAGCAGACAAUGUUUCUUUAGUGGCGCCGAGCGGCCUUUUUAAUGUCGGCUUUUCGCGCUCGAAUCACCGCGAGCUCGUCGUCAAUAGCUUGUCGCGCUUCCUUACUCGUCUCGGUCUGUUGCCGCUCCCGC